UCCGGUGAGUGCAGGUGUAUGCAACAUCGGCAUAGAAUCGCCUCGGUCGCGUUGUUUGUUGUUUGUUAUUGUCAUUCGUUAAUUGUGACCACGUGCUUUCGGGGUGUGUUGACAGCGGCCUUCCCUGUCGUGUGCUGACUCAUGGUACGUGGAUAGCCGAAUUUCAGAUGCUCGCCAACACUUCCAACAUCCUACAGAUGUGCAGUUUCGAUGCCAACAAGUCGACGAAGGGCGCGUCCAAGUUGCGGCGGGACCUGAUCAAUGCUGAGAUCGCCAACCUGCGGGACCUCCUGCCGCUACCUUCCUCCACAAGGCAGAGGCUCUCGCAACUGCAGCUGAUGGCCCUCGUCUGCGUCUACGUGAGGAAGGCCAACUACUUCCAGCACGUAUUCAGGAAACAUGAACUACCUCAGGAAAAUAUGAUUCCUCAUUUCGGCUUUUCAAAGGCCUUGAGUGGUUUUCUCAUGAUGAUGACCCAGAACGGAAAGCUCCUGUACAUAUCUGAUAAUGCUGCUGAAUAUCUGGGACAUUCAAUGGAGGACUUGUUGAUCCACGGAGACAGCGUGUACGACAUCAUCGAGAAGCAGGACCACCAAGCCAUUCAGACGGAGCUGAUGCGCAACUCCAAUCCCCUGAACAUGAUGCACGAUACGCGCAUGUUCCUCUGCCGCAUGAACGUAUCGCGGAAUGCACGACGACAGAUGAGGUUCGGGGACCAGAAGGUAGUGUUGGUGGAGGGUCAUUUUGUAAGCUUCCUUCCGCUGUGCAGUCGCAACGAGCCCGUCUUCCUGGCCACCUGCACCCCCGUCGCCAUGCCCGAAACGAGGGAAUGCGUUGUCCAGGGCAGCACCUCUGUCUUUACCACCAUACACUCUAUGGACAUGAAGUUCCUCCACGUCGACAGAAUAGGGGAAUUUCACCUGGGAUAUACCAAAUCCAGUCUUCAGGGAAUUUCCUGGUAUGAACUUGUCCAUUGGGAACAUCUCAGGGAAGCGCAAUCCAAGCAUCGCCUCAUUACGCAGUCAGAACAGGAACGAUCCUGUAUCAUUCUUCUUCGACUCCAGAACAGUGCCGGCUGCUGGUUGUGGGUGCAUGUCGUGCUCCAGAUCAAAGAUGGAACAGAAACCACGCAACAGUCCGUCAUUGUCUGCACCAAUCAAGUCCUCAGUGAUAAAGAAGCAGCCGUUAUGCGGGCUAACAGCUGGCUUUACCAGUACUACUCCCUGCAUUCUAAAAUGCAUUAUGGCUUGACAUAUGAAGCACACCCUUCUCGGCUUCCUACCUACUAUUCUGCAAUGAUGCCUUACCACCCCUCUCCGACAGAAGCUGCUGUGCCCCAUUCGCCUUAUCAUCUUCAUCCUCCUGUAAAUCUGAAUGGAAGUUCAACGCAGCCACCACCACCUCCAACAGUAUUACAGUACGGUGGUGUACCUUAUACCAGUCUCCCAUCCGAAACAGAAACAGCAAGAUGGCCAGUUUCAGUUAAAAGAUCAGCAUCUCCGACUCCCAAUAGUCCACACAAAUCACCAUCUCGUGGCACCCCUGCCUCGCCUCUGUCUGGGGGAAUAACUAGAACUUCUGGCGGGUAUUCUUCCGCAGGUGCAGAAGUCGUGGUACCGCCUUCAGCAUACUAUGGUAACACACAAGUGCUUGCUGCAGUGUCCUAUUCUCAUCUGGUUUCUUUAAGAAGUCAAAAGCAAGUGGACGAGGAUGUGGAACAGUCUAUGACACCAACCAAUACAGAGGAAGUGUCGGCCAUGAUCUCGCUAACAAACAGGCCGGCGUCUUACCUCCCCAUAGCAUCUGUUCUGUCAGAAAGUAAUAGAGUGCUGUCUGACAGUUGCGCGGAUGAAUAUAUCAGAAGGCAGGAUGAUGCCAGUACUCGUGGUCAUAUGUUCUGUUCAUCACCUGCAAACAGACUCGAGAUUCCUUAUGUACGAUAUGGAAACACAUAUCCUCUGGUGGAAUUUGACCCGAGGAGGAGAUUUUCCAAAUGGGAGAAAGACAUUCGACAAAGUACGCUUUGGACUGGUUCAGAAUCUCACCUGGGUCCUAUACAAGGAGAAUGCUUUCCUUACAGUGAGGGUAACUGUACCAAAACGCAGUUCCUAGAGUCCGGUCCUAUGUACCAAGAACUAGGACAGGAGCAGAGUUUCAGGGCUCGGUUUCUAGGGUACGAUAUUCCUAGGAGAGAUGAUGUCCUCAGGCUGUCUUCAGAGAAUCAUCAUGGGAUGGAAACUCAGCAAGAGGUGUAUAUUAAUCAUCACAGUGCCAGGCCUUGUCUAGUCAGACCGAGCGCAAGUCCUUCUCCUCACAGCAGAGCAAGCUCAGAUUGCUGAUGAUCUGUCAAAAGCGAAACUCCCUCUCAGAAAGGGACCCGAAGUAUGACAUAUUGUCAAAUCACUGCAACAGAGUGUAUCGUACCCCAGUUCCUGAGAUUCAUCCUCCCAGCCGCUACCUCAGCAACAUGUUGCGACCCGAGAAUCGACAACUCAGCAUCCUAACCUUUGGGAAGUUAAAUGUUUGAAGCGAUACAUUGUACAGCAAAAACAUAACCAAAACUUUUCCCUGGACUUCGAAACAAGAUGGACAUUGAUAGAAUCUUGUUGUUCAACAAUGCAAAACAGUGCUUUUACCAAGAAACUGUUCCUAUGAACAUUCUCAUCUAAGUUUUGAUAAAAACAAACAUACGUUUAUUUGUAGAUAAAUUUUAGACAUUGCAACAAAGUUAAAAAAAAAAAAGAUUUUUUUUGUAGAAAUAGAUAUAUGAAUUGAAAACCAAGUAGCCGAAAUCCCUUUCAUGAAAAUUAGAAUAAUAAUUGCUAUUUCUUUUGCUGUUAUCUGCUUCUUGAAAGUUUGUGUCUUCUUCAAACUAGUUCUAGCUGCUUUUUUUUUUUUAUCUUUGCGUCCCUUCUUUGAUAUCAAAAAAUUCAGGAGGUGAUUUUUCUUUAAAAGAGCACUGACAAGCAAAGGAGUUAACAAUAAUUGACAAAUAUCUUCAAAGUUAAUGAAUUUUGUUUUGCCAAAUGAAGAAAAAUGUCAGGAAAUUCAGAAUUAAUCAUAAACUAUUUUACUGCAAAAGUAAAAGCAAAAUUUUUGGACUGCCGCAGGCGACUCUGCAUUAGUAUUAGAACACUAAAAAAAUAAGAAUCGUUCCAGAGGCAAAAUAGAUUUUUUUUUUUUGUAAAUAUGCAUAUCAAGCCAGUAUUUUAAUGAUUUAUUUCAAACGUGGCAUUAAUUUUUAACAAGGAAAUUUUUUAGAUAAAAAAUGAGUUUUGUCAAUGUUGCUUUUACAUUCCUAGUUUUUCCAUACUUUCUUUAGAUAAUUUAUUAAUCUGUAGUAAAGAAUGAUUUAACAACUACUUUUAAAUCGAAAAUGGUAAUAACUAUAUUUUAAACAGUAAAGUAUUACAGAGAUACUGAUAAUAUGGCAUAAUUUGGUAUUCUCUUGUGAACUAAGCUCUUCCAAAAUUAAUUUGCAUAUUUGUUUCCCUAAUAAGCUUACGCAAAUUUUGUUGCUAAGUAGCUAAACAAUAGCCAGCGUUAGUUUAAUUUGACUAAUUGUAUAUAUAAAACUACCUGCGAUUAAAUCACAGAAGAAUUGUGUUUUCUGCAUGCCGCAGAACUUUAGAAAUGCCAAAAACUCAACAACUCAUGGCGGCUACGGAUCUUCAUGCAUGAAAUAUUAAUCAUAAACUAAAUUUUGAUCAAAUGGAACCAUUGCCUUUAGGCGCAUAAUUUUGAGAACUAUUCCUCUUUUCGUGUUUACACACUCUCUACCACUCACCUUUGACAUCAUGAAUCAUAGGAUUGUGAUGUAUCAGGAAAUAGCCUUUUGUGCAGUUUCUUAACAAAUGGAAAAAUUCAAAGCUUAAUAAAUUAGGGAACCGAUCAAUAAUUAGCUGAAUAAAUAACUAAUUUUGCAGGUAAUAGCAGAAUUUGAGCAAUUAAUGUUUCACAUUCUGCUAUUCGUUGCGCAUACCUCACACUCCAUGGAAAUGCAAAGACUUCGGUCUGUUCCAAAGCAGUAAGAGCGUAGCUACUUGUCCUAGUGCUUCACGGGCCCGUUCUGAGGUACGUCCUGGUGCUAAAAACCAGUUGGUGCUGGGAUUGUGCAUACAAGCCACGAUAUAUUUCUUUGUCCAUGUAGGUAGUGUGUAUUUAAGUUGCAUCCGAGAGAAUAUCAUUUUCUGUUUCUAUGUAAAUUAGCCUAUUUUGUCUUUGUUUUUAUAGUAUUAUGCAGAUGUGAGCGAAGCUUAUGUACAAAAAUAAAUUAAUUUUUCAAUCAA